CCGAUCGCUUCAACUGGCAACAUCGGAGCAGUGGCCGAAAAUCGCGCUCCACCAGAAAACAGUUCAAGUGGAAGUCAUCACCGACAUCAGCGGCUGCGCCACCGAACCGUUGCGUCUAGAUCCCCAGUGACAUACCGAGACCGGAAUCCGCCACUGGACGAGUAGCAGCAUCCACGCGGGUACUCGGUUUUUGGGGGAAAAUUUAUCGAGAGAAAAGAAAACCUCGGGGCCAACCACGGGUGUUUUUGUAGGCCAUCCAGCCAGCCAACCAGCCACCAGAGCUUUUCCCGGCAAUUAAUCAUCGGUGUCAAGCGGAGCGGAGCGUAGUCAAAUCGUUGUUGGCUUUCGCGGUUUGGGGUUUUCUUUGGGAGGAAAAAGUUUCUCGAGCCACCCUUCGACGGAGAACUCGUCUUGGAGAACGUGAAAAUGAUUGCCACCGCCAGUAUGCUGUUUAAGAUGCUGCUAUUGACCUCGUUUCUGUCGCAACUGGCGUACUGUCAGCCGGCUGGCGCGAUACGCAGCCGGCGAGCCGCUGCCACCACGGACCCAUUGUUGACGGCCGAUAUCGUGCCGAAAGCAGCGGCAGCAGCAGCGACCACCAGCAGCAGUUCCACUAACCAACAGGCCGACGGUAGUUCACCGAGAACUCAGCGCAGUUACUACGCCGGUAGCACCUUUGGUGGAAGCUCCAGUGAACGAUUGUUUGACUUUGGACUGCUGGGCAAACCGUACUAUGCGGGCAAUCGCGGUGGAUACUAUCCAUCGGGAGGUUACUAUCCGCAGGGUGGUUACUACCCGCAGGGUGGUUACCUACCGCAGGGCGGAUACUACCCGCAGUCCGGUUAUCCCAGCGGUGGCUACUUCCCGGGCACGAAUACGCUCGGUGUUGGCGGUGGAAUUGGCGGUGGUGGCGUCUACGGUGGAUAUGGUGGCUACGGAGGAUUCGGAGGUAACGGGGGACUACAGAGCUACUAUGGCUACAACAACGACCAGUACUAUGGCAACCGCAAUCUAGGCUAUGGCUACUACACGGGAACCACACCGUCCGGUUACAUUGGCUCGUCCCUAGUCAGCGGUUUCCGUGGCUACAACUGAGCGCUCGCCUUAUUCCUUUUCCCGUUUGCUUCCUGUGUUUGUAUGUGUGCGUCUGUGCGUCUGUGCGUCUGUGCGUCUGUUGUGGCUUAUAAGUGGACCGUUCUAGAUGUCUCUGAGGUGAAAGCUGAAUGAAUGGCUCGCAUGCAGGCAAUGUGCUCGAGUGUUCACGAGAACUUUUGCCCGUUUUUGUAAACAAAUUCAUACGCGAAGUAAUCAAUAAAGUUGCCAGCAAUGGUUAAGUUUCAGAGAAACUG